UCAAGACGGGAACUUGGACUGGCGCCAAGCUUUGCAAUUUUCGGCCUUAUGGUGGGAAACGCCGCGAAGCAACUGUGAGCGAUGCAGGGCAUCUCCACAAAGGCUUCCAGCCAUGCCGCCCUGGAAGACGCCGAGAGCAACGCCACUUCUAACUUAUCGUCCCUGCAGACUAGCGAAAUCGGAGACAGUGAUGAAGAGUCCAUGUUCGGACCGCAGUACCACAGUCACGUGCGCAUCACUGUCAUCGUCAUCAUGAUCGCCUUCUCUAUCGCCGGCAACUGCGUCGUCUGUUGGAGGCUGUUACGAAACCAUCGCCGCAGGCGCUACCAGAAAGCGCACGUCCUCUUCUUGAACCUCGCCGUUGCCGACCUUCUGGUUACAACGGUGACGAUGACGUCUCAGACAGUGUGGGAGAUCAUGGGCCGCGCCUGGAUUGCCGGUGACGCGUUCUGCCGAGUCUUCAAGGUUCUCCAGACUUUCGCGCUCGCGUCGUCCACGUACAUGAUCGUCAGCAUAGCGCUGGACAGGCACUUCGCCAUUGUGUACCCGCUCGCCACCUGCUUGGCGCCCUCACACCUGGCGGCCGCUGCCUGGUUCGCCUCGCUGAUCCCUUCUCUGCCCAACCUCUACAUGUUCCGGCUCGUUGAAGCCGGUGUGGGACUUCAGUACUGCGCGUCGGUGUUCUACGCCCAGAAGGCGGACUCGUCGCUUCCUCGUCAACUGUACAUGACCUUCGUUUUCCUGGGCGUCUUUGUGGUCCCCCUCAUUCUGCUGGUCGUGCUCUACGGCCGCAUCCUGAUCGAGAUAUGGAAACAGAGCUCGGCUGUGAAGAACCGACAUCAGACUGCCUCACCCUUCCCAAAGGCUAAGGUGAAGACCGUCAAGCUCACUGCCGCCAUUUUCAUCGCAUUCCUGGUGACCAACGUUCCCUACAUGGUGCUCGAAAUGGUCCUCGCCUUCGCCGGCGCUGGCGCCUCUCUGGAUCAAAACAUGGUGGCACUGUUCGGCGUGAUCUCGGCCUCGAACAGCGCCGUGAACCCUUACAUCUUCCUAUUCUUUCAAAAGAGCAGCGGAAGCACAAAGCGGAAGCGGUUCGUGAUGCCCUUCCGUAAGGACGCGGUAUCCGAGCUUCCCGGAGGUCACACUGACUGCGGUAAUGGAGCCGUCGAGCUGUACACCGUUCCGGAAAAGCAGAACUCGCCGGCCACGUACAGUCUCACACCGAGGAAGGUCAGCGAAGUCUCUUCAUUUGGUCAACCCACGGAGCUCAGCAGCUUAUGACGGUUUGGACCCUUCCGCCGCUUCAGCAAGUCUUCGCGCACAGGGAGCGGUGAGAGACAGUGAUGUGCUGAUUCUGCUGUUGUGAUUGGUGAAAGUGUGAUGACGUCACACAACCACCGACUUUAACUGCGAUUGGUACCUACGACCAUACUGAUCAAAAGCGGUGUGUCUGGUGGAUUUUGUAUUUAUAUAUGUAAGCGAGUGUGUUUGUACUGCGUUUUAUGGACAGACACAUUUCAUACGAGAUCAGAAAGGUGCUCUGCUUCGACGAGCUCCUCCGAAGCGUUACUCAUCAUACAUACGUCCCGUGCAUUCAUAUAAUUAUUGUAUAUAUCUUAUAUUCUUGAUUUUUACGGAACGUUCAACGUCCUUGUACACCUUUGUUAAAAGGCCUGACGGUCAGUGCAAUAUGGUGAUUAGGUCAUCUGGGUGAGUUUUGUUUCAAUAAAAAAAAUGGACUCGUAUUGUGCAUCAUGCAUAAGUCAAGCUAACUGCAGUGCGCCGAUGUCACGGUAAGUAUGCUCUAAUACAGUAGCCGAUUCCACGGGCACACUUUGUACUGGCUUUUGUGUCAAAUCAAUGUGUCUGUUGCUUGGUUAAGAACUAUGUACCAACAUAAUACUUUCUUAAAGCUUUCUCUCUUUUUUUUCGUUUG